GAGUCUCAUCGGGAACGUGGACAUUUGGAAAAGAUCACAAAGUCACGCUGGGAAUGGGACCACGAAUCAGCAUCAAGAAAAAAGUUGCUUUUUUCCGGAUGAUCCUACUCCGAAGGCAUUUCUGCAUGAACAGGGAAUAUAUUUAUAUCACGAUAGGGAAAAGCCAAAUGAAAUAACAAAUGGGAUAAAGGUAGUGUUUUAAUUUAUUCAGUAACCUGUCACUUUGUUGAGGCUCAUUAACAAAGACAUCGACUUUUGUGAGCUUUGACGUGGGGUGUGGAAAUGUUUACUUCACGGGCUUCAUCCUAGAAUAAAGCAACGGAAGUCUUUUGUUAGUCCGGCUGUGAUUUGUAAAGGUGCGUCCCCGGGGCCCUGGUGUAUGGCGCUAAAGGGUGUCAGAGCAGGCAAAGAGAUAUUCUGGUUUCCAUCCGAGUUAACAUGGCAAAGUGGUUCAAGGACUUCCCCAUGACUCUGAGGAACGGUACCGACAGAAUGCGUUCAGCCUCCGAAUCGGGCUCACAGCCAAGAGCCAAUAAACCCGGGCUGGUGGCCGGCAUUGGUACCAAAACAACCAACUCCAAAACGAGCCAUCGCAAAAACUCCUCUGCAGACGGUACGGGCGGAGGUGGAGGAGGUGGAGGAGGAGGCGUUGGGUCGCUCCUGUCUGGAAGAAACCGAAAAAACUCCACAGAUUUGAGUAGAAACGGUGGGAGCUCUCAGAAAGAUGGCAAAGUCUGGGACGGCCUCUUGUCCGGGAAAAGUCGCAAAAACUCCAAGGCAGAGGCUGGAGAGGAUCAGCACAGAGCCCUGAGGAGCUCUCCCUCCGCCAGUGCCUACAUCAGCCGGCUCAUCCGGGUGGACAAACAGGACAAAAGCCCCAAAUUCAACAGCCCAGCGGCACCUGAAGCUGAGAAACCAACCCAGUGCAGGACAGAAACUUUGAUCAUUCUUGAGGACUAUGCAGAUCCCUUUGACGCUCAGAAGACCAGAGAGCAGAGGGAUGCUGAGCGGGUGGGGGAGAACGACGGCUACAUGGAGCCCUACGAUGCUCAGCAGAUGAUUACCGAGAUCAGACGGCGGGGGUCUAAGGACCUGCUGAAGGUGUGUGUGCUGGUGGAGGGGAGCGAGGGGCCGGCGGACGAUGGUCAGCCCCCCCCUCCCUUGCAGAUCUAUGACAUCCCAUAUGUGGGAAACGGAGACAACGAGAAGACGGCGGUCACAAGGCCAGAGCUGGACGCUCGACCCGCCACUGAGUACGAGCUGCCCUGGGAGUGGAGGAAGGAGCAUAUUGUCAGAACCCUGUCAGCACAUUUUGACAGCCCGCUAAAAGACGAGGCGUCUCACCCCACCCUCACGAGGCAGCCGCAGCACCCCCCCGCCCAGCACCAACAUCUGAGGCAGAAAAGCUGGACCCAAAAGAUCCUCAGAUCCUCGCCUCCGACUUUGCACUCGUCUUCCUCGACCGGCAGCAGCCUGGAUGGAGAAUCCUGUUGUGUUGACCCCUCACUGCCCCUGGAGAAACAGAGCUGGUACCAUGGCUGUGUGACGCGCCAGGAGGCGGAGUUUCAGCUGCAGUCAUGCAAAGAAGCCAGCUUCCUGGUCAGGAACAGCGAGUCGGACAACAGCAAGUACUCCAUCGCCCUCAAGACGAGUCAGGGCUGCGUCCACAUAAUUGUCGCCCAGACAAAAGAGAACGGCUACACCCUGCACCAGAGCAGCUGCGUGUUCCCCAGCAUCCCAGAGGUGGUGCACCACUACUGCACCCAGCGGCUGCCCUUCAACGGGGCCGAGCACAUGACCCUGCUGCACCCCGUGCCUCGCACCCACUGACCCCCUGACCCUGCCCUGCAGCCGCCUCUGACCGGCUCGGCCAAAAGAGCUCCAGAGGUGAAACAUCUGUCCCAACGUCCGGUCUAAUGCGCGUACCCGUGGUUCCAACCUCUUCAAGGCCGGCCUCAGGUCGUUUCUCAUGUGUCUGAAUUUAGCUUUAUGUGUUAUUGUAAAUGAUUUAACAUUUGAGAUAUGAUCAGAGCCCCUCGUUGGCUUCCUUUUCGUUUGUUCUACUUUGGAGUGCAGCUGAUGCAAAACAUCCCGGCUUCUGUUUUGCAUGUGAACAAGCUCAGCAGAUACGAAGAGGCACUUUUUUUUUUACUGACUGAAAUGUGACCUGAAUAUAGGUAGAAAUCAAUGAUGUGCUUUUUUUUUUUUUAGCCAUCUAUAAUUCAUAUUCUAGAAGUGGAUGCUGCUUAUUUUAGCUGUUAUUGAGUGAAGUUUUCUGAGGUAAAAUGCAUAAUGGUUUGCAGCUCUCUACCCCUCUCUGGUGGACAUGAUGGUACACUGUACCAACGACACAAAGACUUCUUUCACCAAAGUUUCUAAUUGAUAAGUCCAUGCACGCAAGCAUAUCAUUUAACUUUUGAAGAUAUGAAAACCAGCAAUUUUAUGUGUAUCCUUGCUGAAAAUUGUAAUCACUACUUAUAGACUCACCAGGAUUCUGUUUCAAAUUCCCCUGAGGAUUUCCUCCGUAUUUACUGUGAAUGAGGGAGUUGUUUCGACUGUAUUAUCUGCACUGUGAAGAGUGAAUGAUUCAUCCUGAUGCAAUGCGCUUGAUGGCUCUGCAGUAGUUUUAUUUUCCAAGAGAUGAGAUGAAUAGUUGAAAGCAUUGUUGAAUUGUGGUGAGCGUCUGUAAAAGAAAAAGAAAAAAAUCCUGCAGUUUACUGUGAUGCAAACCAGCCCUGUUUUUAUUUUAAUGCACUGGUUAGUUCAGGGCCUUGUUAAUAAAAGUUUUUUUUCCCACUGAGGAGGCGAAGGGUAGGGAGGAAAUUCAGGUGGAUGACCUCAUAUCCACUAAAAGUCUAAUCGUCCUAAUGUGUUCCAAAGAUAAUCCAUCAAUAUUUAAGCAUGCCGUUUGACCUUUAGCUUAGGCGUAUGGUGGAGAGGGACUUUUGGCAUUUACCUGCAACACAACCUGAUUCUGACUCUGAGCUUGAUGACAAAAUGUAUGUUUAUGUGGUUUUUUAUGUUUUUAAAGGAAGGCUGUUUUUCUCGGGACAGUCUGACUUUUCUGCCCCAAAUAAAUAAAUGUUUUCUUUUGAUGUAUGACUUAUCAAAUGUUGAAAAGCACAUCAUAAUGAAAGGCCUGAAUCUCAAUGCUGGCAAUUUUCUGAGAGAUUCUCUUUAAUACCAAUAAAUCA